UUAAGUUCGGUCCGCCACCUGUUGGCCAAAUUGAGAACGUUUAAACAAAACAACAACAAACAAUCAGUUGUGUGCCUUUUACCAAAGGAGAUGUCAAGUUCUACGAAUGUAUUGAAGAUUUCAUUAUUUAUCCUUAAUGUGUGAAGUUGAAAGGGGACAAUGGUAGCAAGCAGAAGUGACACCAAGCGUCGUAAAAGAGAUUCUAGUCCUCUCCACUCAAAUCCAAAACGGACCAAAGUACAUGCUCAGCGUAAAUUUGCUCAAGGUGUGAGUAGUCUGAGCAACUUGCUUAAUUUGACACCAGUCAAGGAAAAGUCAGACAAAUCUCGGAGCAAUGGAACUGCUGGGAAUUCAACAAAUGAUCCUAAAAGCACUGAAAGUACUGGAAGCCCAAGUGAUGUAACCACACCAGGCAAGCGUGCUCUUCCAGCACGUGGGGCCAAAAAACCUAGCAUAGAAGAUAUGAUAACAUUUUUGUGCUACAGAGGCACAUCUGCUCUUCCACCCCAUCUUGCCCAUUUAAACAAGGCUCCAUCACCUGAACCUGCAUCUUCUCUGAAAGCGUCGGAAAAUUCCCGCAAUAAGGUGGGAGAUCGAAAUAAUAAAGACAGUGAUAAGAACAUCAAGAAGUCGUUAAAAACUGCAUCCACUGCUCAGAAAGCUGUCACUGCUGCCCAAGCCUUAAAAAGGAAAUAUCAAGAGCAACGUAUUAAGAAAACAACUGUUUCUACCCUUUCAAGCAAAGUUAAACCAACACCCCUAUUGCGUUCAACUCGAUCUAGUGCUGGAGCUGUUGCUUGCUCGUCAACUAAAGGCACUCCAAAGAAGAUUGAUCUUAAAAAGAACAAUGCAACUUCUCCUUCCAGGAAAAGAGAUUCUUCUGUUAAGGAUGAUUCAUCUAGUAAAAAGUCUAGCAGGUUGUCUGUAAAUAAACAUCAGACCAACAAUAGCAGAACACCCAUAUCCAGCCCCCAUGCUUCUGGAAGUCGUGGUGGCCUCCGCAGUGGUGGAUUGUCUUUAGAAAAGUCUUUGCGGAACAGUGUAAAGAGUUUGGGAGGCGUCAAGAAGAAGAAGAAGAAGCUCAGCCCAGAUAAAGAAGAUGCAAGUCAGGAUUCCAAAAAACUUGCAACAUCACUUUCUGACUUCUCUUCUGAAGAUGACCAGCCUCUGGUUAAGAAACAUAAGCCUCUUGUUCAAGUACAAAAGUUAAUAAAAAAGAGCAUUGCAAACAUUGGACGAAAAAUGAGAAUGGAACCUAGAAGGAGUACGAGAGGUGUUUCAUUAGGUCAACUGUCUCCCUCCAGCUCUCCACCUAAGAGAUUGUCGAGUGGUUCAUUACAGUCACAAGGUCCAAAAGAUGAGCAAAGAGUGAGUAAAAAAGCAUCUAUUCCUACCACAUCAAAAGAACAAAAUGGAGUUGCUCGCAGGAGUACAUCAAAUGAAAAUCAGAAGAAAGAAGCUCCUCUAACACCCAAGUCAGCCUCAACCAAGAUGAAGAAGGGUUACGUAAUGGAGCUAGUGCAUGAUGUGGAUGAUGUUGACCCACCACCGGAAACUCGCUCCAGGAGAGGAUCACGUGAUUUACGGGAACAGUCGACGGAUGAGAAAUCAAACAUCAGCUCAGAAAUUUCUAAAGCUCAGGGACCUUCUAACAAAAAGAAAGAUGCUGCCAAAACAAUGGAGCAAUCAAAGAAAUUGGCUAGCAGUGCUGCGCUUUCAAAGGCCAGUAAUGCUAAACCAGCAGCUGCUUUGAAAAACCAAGUAGAAGUCACUCUUUCAGCAGCUUUAAAGAGUCCACCAGAUUUACGCAUUCCACCCUCAAUAAAACGACCCUUGACCGCUGUUGGCAUUACAAAUCCUAUGGCUAUUGCUGCAGCAGCCGCUGUUGUUUUCAAGCCUUCAUCCACAAAGCCAGAAGAAAAAGUGAAAGGAAGAGAGCCUCCUCAGAAGAAAGAAGAUGUGAAAAAGAAGGAAGUUGUUUCCAGCCAGACUAAUUCAAAAAUUAAAUUAGUCAAGCAGGAAGAAAAGAUGAGCCAAUCCAAAUCAAAGGAGGGAGACAAGAAGAGUCCUGAUGAUUCAAAGAAAGAAAUUAAGGUUGGUCAAUUAAGGGUGACCAGUCCGAGAAGAAAGGCUGAUGAAUCUUCAGAUGAGGGAACCAAAGCAACCUCAAGUGUGACAUUAAAAGAAUGUAAAGGGACAAGACUCAAAAUAGAAUCAGACUCAGGAAAGGAAGUUGUGACAGAGGAUGACGCAAAAAUUCUUCGUAUGUCUAAGAAGAACACAGUAAAAGCGCAUACUGAUGAAGAUGAGGAAACUUUGGGAGCAAAGUCUUCUUUGAAAAAGAAUUCAGAUGAAGAUGAACAUAAGUUGUCAUCCAGGUCAAGACGUUCUGCCAAUCGCUCCCUCAAGAAACCUCAUAGCUCAGAUGAAGAAGUGACUAAUGUGGCUCAAGGUAUACCAGGGGAUGGAAGUAAAAAUGCUCGUGUAAAAGCCUCCAGCACUGAGAAUGAUAGCGAAGUAGAUACUGCUUCCAAGCAAAAAACCAAAAAGGGUAAUGUCUGUGAAGUAAAAUCCCAGUCGUCCGAUGAGGAUGUGUCCAGAAAAAAGUCAAGUAAAUGUGUAAAGAAGGUGCUGAGGUCAUAUAAUGAGGUCAGUAGUGAGAAUGACAGUGAUGCUAAUCUCAGUGACGCUGCAGAUCUUUCGAAUUCAAAACCAUCUACAAGGUCAUCUGCCAGGGCUAAAACUGGCAAAAGAUCAUCUUUGCGUUUCACUAGGUCAGGGAACAAAUCCCCUGCACAUGACAAGAGGCACAAUUUAAAAUCAGAUACUUCUGAAGAUGAAUCAGAGACUGAAAAGCCCUCUAGAGUACACAAGACGCGAUCUAAAACUGUCAAGAGUUCCAGCAAUAAGGAAAGUAAUUCUGAGAGCAGUGAAGAUGAAGUUGAUAAGAACUCAUCUAAACCACAUGGAAGAAACCAAAGAAAUGUGUCAUCUGCCACCAGAAAAAAUAAUAAAGCAGCUAGACUAGUAGGUAGCUCAAGUGACUCUGCUUCUUCAACAGAUGAUGAUGAUGAUGAUGACUUUGAAGACGUUACUUCAAAGUCAAAGAGGAAAACCAAAGCUACUGAUUCAGACUCAAAAUCUACAUCAAUUAGGAAAUCUAAAGACAGACGCAACAGACUCAAGAAUUUGUCAGAUGAUGAUAUUGACUGCGACAAGAAGGAGAGCAAAGGAAGGCAAUCCCGUAGCCCUCGCAGAAGCUCUCGAAGGAGUACAAAGGCUAGCAUUAUAGAUGAUAAGAAUGAUGAUUUAUCUGUAAGUGAUGCAAGCUCUUCUGAAUCAUCGCCAAGUCAAAACCGCAGAGUACUUCGUCAGAGGAGAGGGUUUUUCAGCUUUGCUGAAGUUGACCCUCCUUCCGACUCGGAAGAGGAAGUUCUUGCGGCAACCAAAGCUAGUUUGGAAAUGAUUAAUAAUCAUCAACAACAGACAGUUGACGCUACCUCAAAUGAGAAAGAAGAUAAAGAUUCAACUUCAAACUCUCAAGAGACACAGAGCAAGGGCAAAUCUGCAAAAUCUAAUUCUUCAGAACCUGUUAAAAGUAGCAAGAAAACAAAACCCGAUGCUCCUCCUGUCAGGAAAAGCCUCUCAAAGAAAAGGGUCAAACCACCUAGUGAAGUUCAAUCAAAUUUGAAUGAAGAACUUGAAAAGACUUUAUUGAGUAUUAAUUUGUCUCCUCAGAUGUCAAAGACUGUGGACAAAUCUCCAGAGCAACUGUCUUCAACAUCAAUGGAUACUGUGGUGGUCCAAGCUCCCAGAAGUGCUGUGCGCGGCCUGGAGAUGCCUUCUGAACCAAGCUCCAGCCUCUCUCCCAAGAUCAGUACCAGCAUCCCUAGCACACAUCCCUCUUCAACUGUUGUGGGGUCGCCGAAAAAGCCCGCUGGACCAGUAGAUCCAUUGGGGACUGCGGCAAGUCUGCCACCUUUGUCCAGUGCUGCGAUGCCCCUGACCCGAGCGCCAGGAGCCAAAAUGACCUCAACCAAAAGUGGACCAACAUCAAAGUCUCAAAAGAGCUCCGCCUUCAUUGUUUCUGCAACUUCAGCACCAGUGUCAUCAAUAUCUACCGCUUCUGGUGUUACCAGUGCACAUGCAAUGACUGUGUCUCAGCCCACUCCUAAAGGAUCUCUGACUUCCUGCAGUGUAAUGCCUGCAGUUGGCAGUGGAAGUAUGUCUACUGUUUCUACUUUAUCUGCUGGACCAGUUAUCUCUUCAGUUAUUGGUAUGCCUUCCGUUUCCAUGAGUGCAUCAACAUCACUUAUUGGUGCUCCCCUUACAGCUCCAAUGUCUGCUCCUUUACCAACUGCUAUGUCAGCUCAAAUGCCAUCAUCAAUUGCUGUUUCCAUUCCUCCAUCCUCAGUUUCAUCUUCAUUGUCUGCGCCCAUGGCUUUGCCAAUGUCUGCACCAAUGUCCAUUCCUCUGGCAACACAAUUGGGCAUCCCCCUGCAAACAUCAGUUCCACUAAAUGUGCCAAUGUCAGGCACGAUGACAUUGCACUCAUCUGGCACUUCAGGAUCUCCAUUUUUACUACCUGUGCAGUCAAUGGCCUCCAUGCUGGCUCCAGGACAAACUAUCAUCAAAAAGGAGUCUGGAACUGUGGCAGGAAUGUCCAAUCCUAUGGGAAAUGCAUCUCCACUUAUGGUCGGUAUGAACCCUUUGGUUGUCAACAGCAAUAGAGGAGCUUUCUUUUUGUCAACUGGAAGUACCAUGACAAUGACUGCAAGUCAGCAGCAAAUGGUACCUGGUCCAUUGAUGCCCUCUCUUUUGUCUCUACGUCUUCCCGACAAGCCAGCUGGUCAACAAACAAUCAUGGCAAGCUCUCCCUUGUAUGUUCCGUUUGCUUUUGGAAACUCAGGUAUUAUUCAGACACAAGGUCAAAUGCAACCUCAGAUCCAAAUGACUGGUGUGUCUACAAUCACAGCAAUGGCUACAAAUAUUCAAAAUUCUGCCAACAUGCAAGGAUCUGUUGCGACAAAUAUCCACAAUACUGUGGCAGCGAAUAUUCAAAGCAGUAUGACUUCCAAUAUUCAGAAUCCCAUGGCUACUAAUGUCCCAAACAUGUCUGCUAUGAAUAUUCAAACUCCUGCACCAGCGAGUAUACAAAACUCUUCAAGUGUAUCAUCAGCAAUGACACUCUCUCAAGCACAGGGGACUGGAAUUGGUAUGAAGCGACAACUUGUUUUGGCAACUAAAAAUGGUCCAGUCUCCAAAUUGAUUCUGUCUGUUGGUGAGGAUGGAUCUCAUGUGUUAGCUGCUGCAAAUCCUAACACGCUGCCAACAACAUCAGAAGCACAAACUCUGAUGUCUAUGAUGCAACCCAUUAAGCCUCCUGUUUCAACUGUAAAUGUGGUUGCAUGUCAAGGUGUGCAAACAUUACCAUCUGCCUCUUCAAAGCCCUCAACAAUUGCGCCAAAGUUAUCAUCUGUCAUGCCGAAGGUUGUUCAACCAAUGACAUCAAGCACUUCAGCUGUGCAGAAACAGCAGUUUGUUCUAUCUUCAAAUGUGGCUGUAAGCUCUGCAGCUUCUGGCAUCAACUUGUCAUCGGGAAUUCAAAUAUCAAGUUCAGUCAAUGCUUCACCGAUUAGAACUCUGCCUAUUCCUUCAAGUACAUCCAUGCCAGUUGUCAAAUGUGGAGCGUUGUAUGCAACAUCAAUUGGUGGAUCACCUGAUGCAAUUACAUCAACCAGUGUACCACUCCUUUCUUCGUCAAGCACUGCUUCUACAGUUACAAAGAGCAGUGUGGCUCCAGGUCCAACGUCUCUGCCUGAUUCUACCAAAAUUUCUGCUGCUAAUAGCUCUGGCAGCAGAGUAUCCACUGGUAUUUUAAACACAGGAGUGAAGUCAGAUGUGAGACUAACGCCCACCAAUGCCUCUAUUCGACCAGCGGUUUCCAUCUCAACAAUAUCUAGUUCUUCGUCAUUGAAGCCAGAGGAGAAGCCUCGUGCACCCCCUGGCAUGGUUCCAAACAGCUCGGCUGACCCAAAGAUGAUUAAGACCCCGUUAGAACCAAAUGCAAUGUCAAUUACUUCCUCAAAGUUUCCUUCCCCAGUGAAGGUGGCUUCAACCGCAGCACAAUCAAGAAAUAUUGGGAAAACUAUUGAUGUUAAACCUGUAGCUCAACCAAGUGUGAGCUCAGUCACUCCACCAAUGGUAACUUCAAGAAUUCCCUCUGCUCAUGCUGCUUUGGCUGCUUUGAAAAGCCCUAGUGGUGCACAAUCGUCUUCUCGAGCAAUAGCAAAGACGGGAUCCAGCCGGAAACCUUAUUCAUCAGCCGGCUCUUUUGCAGCAUCGAAGCCCAGUGAUCCUGCAGAGGCUGCAUCAGUUAUACCAACUGUUAGCUCUUCGCCAUCUCGAGAGGCUUCUUCUAUUGAUUCAAGCUCAUUGCCUUCCAUUUCUGUGAGAACAACUAGUAGUUUAGUGACUCCUAAUGUCACUAUUUCUUCUAAGGGGACUGCUGUCAAACCAUCAUCUGUACCUCUUCCAUACAGCAAGAACCCAUCAAGCCCUGCAGUAUCAGGAACUUCAGAACAGAAACGGAAAGGGACUGAAGUUGAACUUGCUCCAACUCAUAGGACUUUAUCCAUGCUGUCUACUGCUUUCCAGGGAAUGGGCAAAGAAAGGAAACGUGAUGUGUCGAAACGAACCAGUACCUCAGCUGAAACUUCUGGUCUAUCAGAAAAUCCUGGCAAUAUUGAAAAGUCAGGUUUGGAUAGUUUAGCAGAAGUAGCCACAAGUCUUGCAGAACGAUCAGUAGAUACAUCAAUGUCAUGUGAUAAAAGGACUCCUCAGCACUCUUUGUGGGCUAAUCCUGCUCAAAUUCUGGGAAAGGAAACUUUGAGGGUACCAGGUCUUCCCAUCACUGCAAAUGUUGGUGCUAAUCUACCAACAAAAAAUGACUUAGCAAAGAUGAAGAGUGGAGCUGUUCUGGCUGAUGCAGUAGAAAAGAGAACCGACUUGGAAAAGAAUACAAAAAUGAAGAACAAUCCAAUUGGCGCUGAUUGUGAAAAGCCAUCUGUUUCUGGCCUGCUAACUAGCAGUAAGGCUGACACACCACGUCAGAAAGUACAGAAGUGGUUAGAUGAUGGCUCCAAAGGCGAUGUGGAACAUAAGGCAAACUGUAGUUUGUUGAGUAAUGGAAAUACAUGUACAUGCGAUGUUGUGGAAGAAGACAUUUCUAAUCUCAACAGCCUAGCUGAAGUUUGCAUCAACAUGGAACGUAUAAAUAGUCCCGCUAAAGAUCUUAAAGGACCGAAACCUGGUGUUAAAUUGGCUCCUGAAAAAAAGGGUAAACAGGAUUUAUUAGAAGCCUCAAAGAAGAGUCCAUCAAAUGAGAGCUCUCCUGUCAAACCAACCCAUCCUCUCAACAGCCACCAAAUGAAAGUCACCUGGCAAAAUGCAUUUGGAGUGAAAUCGCCUGCUAGAAGUAGCAAACCUGCAGUACCACCUCAGCCCAAGCGUCCAGUGUCAUCUGAAGAUUUGAAAACAGUUUCAACUUCUGUGAGUGAAUUGCCUGAAAAGAACAAGAAGUCUUCCAAUGAUCAGAAACUGCAAAAAUCACCUGUCUCUCAAAGUUCUGAGCAAAGUGCGAAGAAUGAUAAGUCAAGUGCAGCAGAUGAUGGAAGGAAAUCACAACAGCGUCGGUCUCUUCUUAAUAAAGUAGCCGAACAAGCUAAUUCUAAGCUUGACAGUAAUGCUUUUUCAGCUGUUAAUGAAAGCAGUGUUUAUGCAUUUGAAGCUGAAACAGAUACACCCCCAAUCAAUCGACCAUUCAGAAGACGAUCUAAAGCCUCAUCCAGAUCUGACGAAGAAGAUUCAGUCUCUCUAGGAUCAACAACCCAUCCAAAUACUGUUCAUGUCAGCAAAGACCCAGUAAUAGUGCCUAUACAAGUCGAAAUGGAUGAAAACAUUUCACCAAUGAGUCAGUUGACAUCUGAGAAGAAUGGAAUUCAAUCUGAUGCAUCUCCAAAUGAUGGUAGUGAUGUUUAUUACAUUCCCUUGGGUGGACAAGAAGGUAAUGACGGUGAUGUGCGGGCUGUUGCUGUGAGACUUGGGAAAGAAGGACCAAAUAAUACAGUUGUUAUGAGUGCCAAAAUUGUGAAAAAGCCCCCAACAUUUAAGCACCCAAAUGAUACUAAUGAUGAUGGAUUACCAAACAAAAGCAGAGUUAAAUCAGAAACCUCACAAUUGCCUGCUCACUCUGUUGAAGCAGAGGCGUCAACAUCAAACAUUCAACCAGGUCCAACCAAUGAGUCUAGACCAAUCCAAGAAAAAAGCAAGCCAAAGCUGGGAGAAACAUCAAGAUCAUCGGCUGCUGACAGUUCAAGUGAAGACACAUCAUCUCUGAUUAAUAUGCCCACUUAUUCUAAAGACACUAGGGACUGUCGAAAUUCCAUGUCUCCUGCGUCGUCUAGAAACAGAUCGCCUGUGUCUGACAAAAUCUCACCUUCAGCGUCUCAGAAUAGUAAGAAAGGACAGGGCAGGCUGAACAGACAAUCAUCCAUUGACAGUGAUGCCAGUGAGAAAACCAAAUUCAUGCGCCGUGGAUCAAAGUCUAAAUCAGCAUCAUCAAGGGCGUCUCCCUCACCUUCAUUGCCAUCUACUUCGUCUACAUCAAGUGGACCUUCCCGACCCUCCCAAAAAUCAAACCGGUCCUAUAACGGACCAGUACCUGGCAAUGUUUCUGAGGCACCUGUGUUCCAUCCAACUGAAAAAGAGUUUCAGGAUCCCUAUGAAUACAUUGAGAAGAUUCGCCCAAUUGCAGAAAAAUAUGGGCUCUGCCGAAUUGUUGCUCCAAACAGUUUUAAGCCGGAUUGUAAUGUAGAAGAUGAUAUUCGUUUCACUGCUGAUAACCAAUAUGUACAUAAAAUGAUGGAUCGCUGGGGACCAAAUGCUAAAGAAAUGAGAGCUAUUGUAAAAUACAUAGCCCAGCACAACAUUCAUCUUCAACAUGCACCACUGGUUGGAGGAAUGGAGCUUGAUCUGCCCCGAUUGUACACUACAGUGCAAAAUUUUGGUGGACUCGCAGAAGUUAUGGAUAAGAAACGCUGGGUGAAAGUAGCUGAAACCAUGCGUAUCCCAAAGAGUGCUCAAGAUAGAGCAAGCAAGUUGGAUGAAGUCUACUGCAAAUGCCUGCUUCCAUACGAAACCUUGAAAACAGGUGAAAGAGAUAAUCUGUUUGAAAUGGUAGAAGUUGAGUGGGAAAUGCGCAAAGAGAGAAGAGACAAAAGGCUUGCAGAGUCAGCAGCUCUUACAGACCAGUCUGAGUCUGCUUCACAGCAAGAUGAAGAUGACGAUGAUGAUGAUGAAGAUGAAGAAGAUGAGGAGGAGGACGAAUGUAUUGUGAAGGGUCGAUCAAUGCCCCUUACAACUUUUUUCCGCACUGCCCGUAACACCAUACAUAUGUGGUUCAAAAGUGGCUCUCCAUCUGCCGCCGAAGUUGAACAUGAAUUCUGGCGCCAUGUGAGGGAUCGCAAUUUCCACAUAUGUGUAAAUUCUGGAUCAGUAGAUUGUAGUGAUCCUCCAUAUGGUUUUCCAACUCGCAACUCACCAUUUGCUAAGCAUCCCUGGAAUCUUAAGGUUUUUUCCAACAGCAGCGGCUCUAUUCUUCGCUCUUUGGGUUCAGUUAUAGGAGUUACUGUUCCUACAUUGCACUUCGGUAUGGUGUUUACCACAUGCUGUUGGUACCGUGAUCCUCAUGGUUUACCAUGGAUGGAGUACCUCCACACAGGCGCUAAAAAGAUAUGGUAUGGUAUUCCAGAACAUGGUGCUGAGAAGUUUCGUUCUGCCAUGCAAGAUGUUGCACCUCACUAUGUUCGAAAGAAAGCCCUUUGGCUGGCUUCUGACACUGCCAUGGUUCCACCAAGCCUGCUGACAGAGCGCAAAGUUCCACUAUGUCGCACUGUACAGGAACCAGGUCAAUUUAUUGUUGUAUUCCCCCGAGCCCAUACAUCAAGUGUUGCUACUGGGUACAUAGUCUCAGAGAGUGUAUCAUAUGCUCCUCCUAGUUGGCUUCCCACUGCAAUGAGUUCGUUUAAGGAAAUGCAACAGUGUAAUGAGCCACCCCUCUUCUCUCUGGAUAAACUGAUCUUUUCCAUUGCUGAAGAUAGCCGUAGCUCUCGAGAUGUACUUAAUCUGAUACUUCCAUCUGUAAUGGAAAUCCUUGAAAGGGAAAUAACAUUUUAUGCAGAACUGAAGAAAAAGGGAGUUAAUUCAACAGAACGCCUUGAAAGGUUCAAAAAGAAGUCAUCAGGAAAGAAAGGAAAAGUGCAAAAGGAAGCUGAAGAUACGGAAGUGAUGGAAUGUGAAGUGUGUUCAACCAAUCUCUACCUGUCCAUGGUUUUGAACAAUGAAGAUGGUUCUGGAUACUGUUUAGUUCAUGCCUCACUCUAUUUAGAUCAAGAUAAACUCGAUCCAGGCCAGUGCAAGUUGUUGUACGCCUACACUCAGAAUGAUCUGCAUGAAUUUUGUCAGAAUCUUUUGGACCGCAUCGAGUCCAAAAGUGGGAAGAAAGGGAACAACGUCAGCAGUAACAACAGUGAUAGUGAAAGCUCUGCAUCCACUUCUACAAGAACUUAGUUCUGUGCCAAUUUAUUGUACAUUUCAAAUUUGGCCACAUUAUUUCAUGUUGGGGUAUGACAGAAAUGCUAUGUUAUAUUUUUCUGUACAAUGUACUUAACUUUUAGAUUUGAUUUUAACCUUUUAACAGAUGUAUUAGUGUGAGAUUAUUUUUUUUCCUUCUGUAAAGCAAAUAUGUGACUGACGGCUGUGUUGUGAGGUGUAGAUAUUUUGCUAAAUGAAGUGGCUUUAAGGUUUAGUAAUCAAGGAUUUCGUUCCAUUUUAAAAUAACAAUAAUAGCUCUUUUUAUGUAACAUGUUGGGUCCCUUCUGUGUGUAUGUGUAUAGAUGACUGUUUGUAAGUUAAUUAGAUUUACUCCUUUGCUUUUACUGCUAUGGACUGGCCUUACAGGUUCCACAUUCCUUGUUUUGUGGAUCAGUAAGUUGGAUAUAUGCUUUCUUACUAGGUUGUUUGGGUGUUUCAUUGUAGUGAUAUUCAACGUAGUUUAAACUGAUUUUUGUUUUCUUGCAUGUUGCCCUCCUAAAUCGGAGAUGUACACAUGGAAGGCAUGUGUAGCAAGGUACCUAUAAAAUAAGUCUUCGUUUUUCAUUUCUUUUUUUUUAAUACAGUCAUUCUUUGGGCACAGAAGAGCUACAUUAUGCCAAGAAAUAUUUUAACUGUAGAAUGUCAUAUGGUGCCAAAGAUUUAUUACUGGUAUUACAUGUCCCUUCACCUUUUGUAAGUCUGUGCAUGAUGGUGAUGAUGAUGAUGAAGUUUCGUCUUCAUUUGCUUGUCAUUCCAUCAUGAUGCAUAUUUAGCAGUGACUCUAAAUGAAUGUAUUUAAUGUAAAUUUACAAUCAUUUUUAUUUUCAUAAAACAUAAGACAGAAAUCUGAUUCUCAAACAACUGUAGUAAGUAAUAUGAAGUGAGGUGGUAGGGGUCGGCCGUCGCGCGACGGGGGGGCGGGGAGGGGCGGGGGAGCGGCCGACGCUGCUAACACGUCGCUUGUAAUAUGUAACUUUGCAUAGUGUACAAAACAACUUGUACAGAACAAGUUUUGUUUCAUCCUAAAUCAAUGUGUCAAACCUUGUACAACUUUGUACACUUUGAUUGAUUAUUUUAGCAUAUUUUUAUUUGUAUAAAUGUGUCUGUUGUUCUUCAGAAUUGAUAUAAUCAACUGUGUAUCCAAUAUGAUUUAUAAGUUUGCAUCUGCUAGUGUAAAAUUCUCGCCGCGACCAACCUUUUGAUAAAGUAAAUUUUCUUUUCCCUUGUAGUGUAAACAGUGAUACUUAAAAACAUUCUUUUGUAUAUAGUGUAAACAGUUUCUCUUACUUUGUGAUUGAGGAGAUGAUGAGAGUGGGUAAGUUCUGAGCAGUGGCUUCUGUCUCCCCACUGCCAAGGGCUCACUGAACUCCCUGCUUUAUUUAUACAUUGGUUAUUGAAUCCUGUCAAACAUAUAUCUGUAAGCCAAAGACCCUUUAACAGGCAAUAGUGUAUUUUCUUACUCUGUGUACUGCACUUUUGUCUUUGUUUGCUAUUUAGGCAGAUAAGUUUUGUAAAGUACAUUCUUAGUACAAAGCAUCAUGAACUUCAGUGAGAAAAUGCAAACAAUCCUAAAUUAUUUUAGCUCAAUAUUUUGGGUGUGGAUUGUUAUUUGGUUGUUUCAGACCAAUUUAGUAACUUCUCAUUGCUGGAAGCUGAAAUUAGGUAUUAUUUUGCGGCUUGCGCCUUGUUAUAAUCAUGUUUUAUUUAAUUAUUGCUAUCAUGGUAAAAGAAGUACGUACAUUUGUCAAUAUUGUUUUUAAUAUUUCCUUUUUUUACAGCUUAUUUCUAAAUUGAACUAUGUUCAAAUUGCGGACCAUUACCUAAAGCACAUGUAUAUUUUUUAAAAAAAUGACCUGUUAGUAAGGGAUUUGUUCUUAUGAGUAAAACUCAAACUUUCUCAAAUAAUCAUAUCUUUGGAAAGGGUUAUGACAUAUUUAAAUCUGCCUCAUCUAGCUAAGUGUUGAUGAAGUUUGUAGAACUGGAUUCAUUGUUUUAGUUGAAUUUUGCUAGAGACUGUUAGGUCUUUUUCAUUAUUACUGAAGUGUGAUUUGAAAAGAUUAUUUUUGCGUAUAAUUUGUUUCAUUUUGUCACAACAGUGUUGUAGCAUCUGCUGGGCAGUAUGUUAAGGCACAUAUAUUCUAUCUUCUCACCAUCUCUAGUCCUGCUUCUCAAUCACAUACAUAGAUAUAUUAUAUCUUGAAAUAAAACAUCUUUCUACGGUAUUUAUUUUUUCAAAAGUUUCCUUUGGAAAUUUGUAUUGUAGGUUUUUGUUCGGUAUCAGGCUUAAGAUUAAUGACAGGAACUUUGCAAACCUUCUAACAAGUAGGUUCGGUAUCUCAUGCAGUUUUCCAAGCUUUGUUAAGAUUGUUAGUUUGUAGUUGUUGUGAGUUCAAAUAAAUGAAACUAUUGUACAAAUCAAUAGUGUCCUUUUUAUUUUUUA